AUGCGCAAAUAACCACACGACUUCCUUGUCAGUAUGGAUUUCCCGACGGCGGAGCCCGGCGCCGGCGAUUUCAGCUUUGGUGACGAAGCGCAAUAUAUCUUUACGGAUACUGAGCUUGACAGCAUAUUAAAUGCGGUGGAGGACCGGGUGCGAGGGGGCGGAGGAGGCGCGACAGAGCAGGUCUUCCUUGACUUCCUUGGCGGAGAUGACAACCAGCAGCCCCUACCACUGCAGUUCCAACCGAGGUCCUUGGAAACGCACGACCCGUCGAACUCGCUAUCGGCGGCAGCCGCAGCGCAGGACGCCGUAGCCUCGGUGCCGCUGGGCGGAGCGCUGGGCGGGGUGCCCCUACAGGGGGCUGCGCCGUCCAUAUCCACAGCACCUCCACAAGCUGUGCCCUCAUCGGCAAUCACCAUACCAGCUUUGACGUCCAGUACGUUGACACCUGGCGCACUGCUUUCGGGCGCAGUUUCCAGCCCACAAGGCACGCCAGUGCCGCAGCAUACUCCGGCAGCGCCGGGCCUGCCGGGCGUUCCCCCACCGCCCGGCAUUCCCACGGCCCCGACGCUGCCGAUGGGGUUUCCGCAGCUGAUGGUGCAGGUGCUGCCAGCGCAGGCGGCCCUGGCAGCCCACCUUCAACAGCAGCAACAGCAGUCCAUAGCGGCGGCACUCGCGCCCCAGCUGGCGGCGGCGGUGCACGCACACGCUGCGCCCAUGGCGCCUCUAGCUGCGCCGCCGGCGCAGAUACCCGCGCGCGUGGCCUCGCCCACGUACCGUCAUACCGGGAGAGCGCAAGCCGCGGAAGCCGCCGCCGGGUCGCGAGCACCGGUUAGCCAUAGCACGGUGGAAAAGCAGCGGCGCGACCGCAUCAACUCGCUGAUCGACGAGCUGCGGGACCUCGUGCCGCCGACGCAGCAGCAACAGCAGCAACAGCAGCAGAUUGGGGUGGUCACCAUUGGUGUGAGCGACAACCCGGAGGCCUCGUCGCGGCGGCCCAAGCACGUGGUUCUGGCGGACACUAUCAACCUGCUGAAAGCGCUGAGGCAGCGGGUGUCGUUUGCGGCUGUGACGGCGGAGCUGCAGCAGCUACCGGCGGGCGGCAGCGGCGGUGGCGGUGGCGGCGGCGGCGGCGCACUACCACUGCCACUGCCGGUGCCAGGCAUGUACGGUGCUGUGGCAGGCGCGGGCAUGGUGCCGGGCAUGCCCGGGAGCGGCGUGCAGCCAGUGAAGCAGGAGCCGCAGGGGUCAUCCAGCCAAGAUGAUGACGACAUGGGACACCCCGGGGGCCCCGGCGUCACAGUCAAGAAGGGGCCAGACUGUUUCUACGUCCAGGUCACAUGUCCGGACCGCAAGGGGCUGCUGUCGGACAUCACCGACACGUUGCGGAACUUAUCACUGGAGGUCCGCACGGCCGCCGUCACCACCAAUGGCGGCUCGGUGCGUGACGUGUUCGAAGUGGUGCCCCCUGACGGCGCCGUCGCACUGGCGCCCGAGGCGGUCCAAAGCAUGGUGCAGGGCGCGCUGUCGCAGCGCGUGGCGGAGGGGCAGCAGGAGGUCACGGCAGGCAAGCGCCCGCGUGCAUGAGUGGCUUGCGAGGGCAGAGCGGCUCGGCUUGCCGCUGCUCUCAUACAGUCACAUGGCAAUCGCUUGGAGGGGCGGGGCGCGCGCCAGCCAAGCUGAGCAGCGGUUGUGUGCCGUGUUCUUGCUACGGCUGCCGAAUAGCGAGGAGGAGGUGGAGGCGGAGGAGAGGAGGCAACCACAUGAGCUGGCCAGCGUCGUCGUGUCGAAAGGUGACUCCGUGGGCAGCAAGGGUGGCUGCCCCCCCCCCCCGCUGUACCUCUGGACGUCGGCACUUCACUUCAUAUUUGAUACACACCAUCCCAUGGAUGGCUACCCCCCCCGCCCCGGAAAGGUGCAGGAUGUUGCUGGGGGCAGCAGCGUGUCAGGCAUGGAUUGCAGUGGGGCAGAGAACUGCCGUUUCCUGAUGUGUUCGAGGGCUGUGUUGCAAUGCAGCUCAAUGUAUUUGCCUGUUCGGGCUGGUCGUCAUUCGCUCUCUUAAGUUGCUUCUCGCUCCGGCUGAUUUGGACCCGCCGCCUAUUUGCGAUCGAUAGGCCUUACCAAAUACUACUUGCGGUUUGCGCCAGUUGACUUUUGGCGCCGACGGACGCACGCACGCACGCUUUCGUAGAAGGUACUUGCAUGGUUGCGAUGGACGAUGAUGUUGGGUCAGAAGGCAAGUUUGCUAGCAGCAUUUGCUGUCUUGUUAUACUGUGCACUUGGCCGGACAUUGGCACAGUGCACACGGAUGGCGUGAGCGUUGUGUGCCUGCUUGGUGGGGUGAGCCGCUACGACACAAUGCGGUAGCACGAAUCCCUGCAAGUGAUGUGUGGACGUGUGGUAUGCUGUUGCGCACAUGCACAAGUGCAAGUUGCCUGCAUUGGGCCCUCACAGCACUUGUACAUCACGGCACACAGCAAAUUUUAACGGGAGCCGGCAAGGCGCGGGCCGUAUACCAACAUGACCUGCGCGUGGUGGUUAGGACGCACACAACUUCUUUAGGGUUGGGCGUGGCUACGCUUGGACUCUCCACAGUGGGAUGGGGACGAUGGCGUCCGUCCACUUGGCGCACCAGUGCUGGACUCUUGUGCACUUCUGGAGCUCGAGGAAUGGCUGAGAAAGAUACGACGGUUCCGCGAGGCUGCUGAAUGCGACCUGGGAAAUGCGCGGGUUGCACUUUGUUUACGAUAACAUACGACGGUUCUGCCCGAACAUUGUGGGGAGGCAUGCUGCAGCACUGAAGGUGUGCGUCUAAGAAGGGGUGCUAGGGUGUGGUGGAGUGGGUCGCACAGAUCCGUGCCCGUUGUGCGGUCGGACGUUGGUGGCCCUGUAAGCCUUGGUGGUAUAACUGUGAUGUUUGUGCAAGAACUACUUCUGUUAC